UUUAAGGUCAUAUUGCCUUUGUGUUAUCGAUUAUUUUGGGGAAGUCCUCUUCCUAACGCCUGGUUUCUUCGGCGCCUAAUGGUCACACUGCACCAUCAGCUGCUUAAAUUCCUGUCAUUACGCUUCAAAUCAAAUGGAUAUUGCUUUGUCCGCCAAACCGCAUCCAAACCCAUGGCCACUUUGAGUGAAACCUUACGCGCCCACUGGCUCAUAUCCUUGUUCGGGCUGAUCCUCUUCGUCGCUGGGAGCGCGGUUCUCUACAUCAAUGAAGGUCAAGCGGUGCACAACAUGAUGGCUCUGGAUGAGGCGCACUCCGACAUCUUCUCGGUUCGAUUCACAGAGGAGGAGCUGGAAGUUGGUCUAGAUGGCAGGAUCGUUCACCUGUCCGGUCCCAUCUUGGUGGGUGAACCGCUGACCGAGCCGGACUACAAUAUUCAGUUGCUGGCAGUUAAGCUUCGCCGAAAAGUUCAAAUGUACCAGUGGGUGGAGGAGACAGUAGAACACAACUUCGGCGAGAGCGUGGGAUCCACACAGUCGGACUCACGCACCUACUACUACACACGGGAGUGGCGGGAUAAGAUCGUGGAUUCGCGCAGCUUCUACAACCCACACGGGCACAAGAACCCCACACACUUUCCCAUAGAGAGCCAUGUGCAAGUGGCCGAUGCCGUUUACAUCGGGCGCUAUGAACUUGGAGCCGAAGUCAAGGAUAAGUUUGGAGUGUAUCAGGAGCUUACCUCGGAUAUUCGGCCGGAGGACAGUAGCGUUAAGCUACACCUCGGCAUAUACUACCAUACCAACGAUGUGUUCAAUCCUGAGGUGGGGGAUUUGCGCCUGCUCUUCAGCUUCGCGGGCAUGGAGGGCGAGACGUACAGCGUGGUGGGCAAGUUGGUGGGUAACAAAAUCGAGCCCUAUGUAACCUCUCGCGGUGUCCCCGUGCUACUGGUCUAUCCAGGUGGAUUAAGUGUUCAUGAGGUAUUCCGACUGGAGGCACGCGCGCAGGUGUUGCAAACCUGGUGGUGCCGUUUCAUUGGAUGGCUGCUCAUCUUCUUCGGCGUCACUUGCAAUACCAAAAUUCUCCGUGUUCUGUUCCUUCGUGUUCCGCUGCUGAUAGCUUUGGCCCCGGAUCCACAGUUCCCGGUGACGGGCAAUCUCCUUAUCGCCUUUUCGUUGGCCCUGACCCUCGCGGCAGUGGCCUGGAUUUUACAUCGUCCUGUGAUAGGCGCCUGUCUCCUUUUGGCCGGCGCCUCCCCCUAUGUUUGGUUCACCCGCAAUCUAUUCGCCUACCAUCGCCUGGACUGACCCCUCAACAUCUUCAUCCUAUUUACAGGUUUAUUUAUUUCGUCUUUAUGUUUAGUGUGGCGCACACACAAAACGCCCAACGCCCCGGCCAAUAAAACUUAGUAACACUUAGUCGAUAA